CUCUGGCCCCCAGUACACACACACACAACACACACACACACACUAUGCUGCACUUUUCACAUUUCACAGUUCCUUUGGAAGCAUCACAAACUCCUUGAGGACAUUUCUGCCCUUCUCUCUUCCACGUGACUUAUUAUGGACUUUUAAAACUUCUGAUAUCUUGGAAAUAACCUCAGUGAGCAACUCGUAGAGAUGGAAGGGCUCUGACUUGCACCAGCCUGGGGUUACAUUAUGGUUCUGGGCCAAGCUGUCAACAUGAGUUUGAUGGACAUUUCGAAGAUUUUUUCCAUGCUGCAGCCAAAGGAGGAGGAUGAGGACAACGAACAGUGUCAGGCCCUGAACAACGCCGUGAGCAGUGACAACGUGACUCUGCUCUCUGAGCUCCUGUCUCAGGAGAGCUACAGGAGGUCUAUCAAUGCUCGAAGCGGGUGGGGGGUCCCAGUAACCCCCUUGCGCACUGCUGCUGCUCUGGGACACCUGAGGUGCUUGGAGUUGUUGUUGGAGCAUGGUGCAGAGAUUGACAGCUUGGAUGUGAAGGCCCAGACGCCUCUGUUCACAGCUGUUAGCGGGAAACAUCUGGACUGCGUGGUUGCUCUGCUGAAGGCCGGUGCUGAUCCUAACGGCAGCCAGUACAACAACUGCUCCCCGGUGCUGACUGCAGCCCGGGAGGGGGAUGUAGAUGUGCUGCGAGAGCUGUUGCGCUUCGGAGCCGAGGUGGACGUCAGGCCCAAAGUCCCAGAGUGGGCCUCCAAUGCCACAGCCUGCAGAGGGCCCCUCUAUAUCUCAGCUGUUUACGGACACUUGGACUGCUUCAAACUGCUCCUUCUCCAUGGGGCCAACCCCAACUACAAUUGCACAGACGAGAAGAUGCUGGCCAGGAUAAAGCAACCAAAGACAGUCCUGGAGGUGUGUCUGCGUUAUGGCUGUGGGGUGGAGUACAUCCAGCUUCUCAUAGACUUUGGGGCGGACGUGUAUCUGCCUACACUGAUCAUUGACAAGACUACAAAGCAGAAUGAGGCUCUGGUUCUGCUGCUCAAAGAGAGAGUUUGCCCCAAAACACUGAUGUCGCAGACUCGGCUGGUAAUUCGAAGAUACCUCUCCUUUGCCGAUAAAGCGCCUGCCAUUGAUAGUUUGGGUGUUCCUCUGAUCCUGAGGAACUACCUGAAGCACAACACCUCUGAACUCAUAUGAUGCUCAUCUUAGCAUCAGAAUAUAUGGCCAGUGACUUUUUUUUUUUUUUUACCUCAUUGCUUUACACUCAUGACUGGAAUAUUAAUCUCUGGCUUUUUCCAAAAGUAGGGCAACAUAACGAACACUCACACGAGGAUCACUGUGCUGUCCCACUGCUAUAAAGUCUUGUUUUUAUUAUUUAUACAUUAAGAUUGAAGUUUGUGACUACGAAUAGAUGUAUUUAUUAAAUAGCUUAAAGGGAAAGUUCACCCUAAAAUCAAAAAAUACAGAUUUUUCCACUUAUCUGUGGUGCUAUUUAUCAAUCUACAUUGUUUUGUGUUGGAUAUAUUGGCCAGAGAUAUGCCAUCUACCUCCACAAUAUUGGAGAGAAGGCAGACAUCUCUAUGGCCAAUACUAUCAACACCCAGCAACUCACACCAAAACAAUCAGGACUGAAAAAAAGCACUACAGGUAAGAGAAAAAAUAUGUAGUUUUGAUUUUGGGGUGAACUGUCCCUUUAUGUUUAAAAGCCUAUUUCAGGUUGUAUUGAAGCUUCUUUGUCACACACAGGACUCAUGAAGGGCUCCAUGUUGGAAACUCUGUCAUGUCCUUGAGAAGUGUAACACCAUGACUGACCACUAGAGACCACAGUAACACUGUUUAUUGCUCUUGUCCAAAUUUGAUGCCUCUCAUUUGUAGUUUUGAACAUAUGUUAAUGCCUCUUUGCAGCACCCUUAGUUCUGUCCUUCUCACAGGUAACAUUACAUAACCACACACAGUCUCACUUUAUUCAUUUAGACAUCAGGACAUAACUGGAGAGACACACACAAACACACACGGAGACAGUGUCUGCAACGCACCAGGGUGCCUUAGAUCUUGCCUGAAAAACAUUCUUGCAUCUGUGGACUUCAAAACAUUAGGAAGCGGAGUGAUCAGCCUACACUUCAGCACGGCCAACUGGGAAAAAUAUAUUUGCAUAAGUCUCAUUACUUAUUGAUUACAGCAUAGUUAUUUCCAGGCUACAAUUUGUGGUUGCAAGUUUGUUGAAUUUCUUCUUUUGUGACUUGUAAACACCGGCCCGAUGACGUUAUUAUCCUGUCUUUUUACUUCCUUAAAGCUCUCUUAAGUAAUGCUUCCAGAAGUUAAUGUGUCAGCAAUUGGGAAUGAGAGGCCUACAAACAGGAAAUGAUGUCAAAAAACAGGAAACCUGGCACAAUGCUCCCAGUCACACAUCGAUGCCUGGACACGCAGUUCUGUAGAGGUUUUAUUUUCAACAAAAGUACAGCUAUAUCAGAUAUGGAUUUAUUUUUUACAGCGAAGUACAACAUAUUCCCAGUGCUUCUGAUUACAUCAAAACAUAUAAUGUACAUACAGUUGACAUCUCCACUCUCCCAUUCACAGUUUCUGGAUUGAAUAGGCAUUAUUUUUCAGGUUUUUCAUUUCUACAACAAAUAAUCAAACUCAAAAAGGCCAGCAAGAAAACAAAAUGACAAAUGUUUGCAUAUGGUGACGAAGGAUAUGGAUACUGUAAGUAAAAUUGUUCUGUGAUAGGCAAAAAUCCAGACCUCAAACUAGAUGGUAAUAUACAAUGGAUAGAUUCCAAAAGUGGGAUGUUAGUCUUCUGUUCACCUUGUUGUCAUUGAACACCACAUCAAUAUAUGGCUCAUUGAAGACUCUGUUGUACCCUGACUAUUCUGAAACAACACAGGACUGCAGAACCAACUGCUGAGGAGUUCCUACUGAAGAUGCUGCUAUGCUAAAUGUGAGUGAACGCUGUUAGCGGCUCAUGUACACCCUGGAAUAAAAAGGAAUUACACAAAUCUGAGCAACCUCUGAUGCAUCCAAUUGACAGUCUGCUAAGUUGGCUGUCUUGGUUUGACGACUGGAAAGAGAGAGAGAAAUAAAAUCUUCCACACAGAAGGCUGUCCUCUCAGCUCUCAGUACAAGGUCAGAAUGAUAAUUAUAUAAGAAAAAUAAAACCAAUAUAUACACCCUUUUAACAAUGUGGCCAAAAUGGUAACUAUUUAAUACUGCAUUCAAUAAAUACAAGUGAGGAAUUAAUUUGUACUGUCAAGUCAUUGUAUUUCAAAGAAUCAAUUCUUAAGUAGAAACAAGAGCAUGAUAUGAAUUGCAAUGAAGUGCUGUGUGUGUGUGUCUUCAGGAUUAUGUUUAUUUUUAGCUCAUCCCGAGAGGUUUCUCAUUUAUUCAGCUCUUCUGCUCGACUACAAAUCUAUACACAAACACCCAUGAUCAGUGCUAACUCCUAUUUGGUUCACUGUUGUCAUAGAAAAAUCAUACCCGUUUUGCCUCAGCGGUUAAUGGCGUUCAAAAUAAUAAUAAUAACAAUAACCAGCAGUUUGGACCAUGACAGUGCAGACUGGAGUUUAAAAAACAAAGUAAGGAUUUAAAAUAAGUUUAUAGUGCCCAAUAUAUCUGGGCAAAGAGAGCAUUAGUGCCUUUCAUUUCACCUAUCAACAGUUCAGUCUUUGAUUCAGAGUGAGGGAAGCUGCUCCCCUCUGCUUGGUAAUAAAUAAAAACAGAAGCUACAACCUGUAAUGUGCAGUGAGCAGGAGACAGGUGGACAGAGAAAAGAACUCCCUUUAGUGAGAUGGUACGGGCUCACAAAUGAAUGGUUCCGCGGUGUGGAAAAAAAAAAAAGAAAAGAAAAUCCCAUUGGAAGUUAAAUGAAACUAAACAAUCUGUUAAGAUUUGUCUAAGGUCUCAUGCAAAAUAUUGGAUGCCACGAGCAUGCAUUUUACCUGGUACUGAGGUCUACCGCACGCUAGAACUGGAACAACAUUCGUCUCCAACGCAAAAUACCAAUAUCCAAAUAUAUGAUCUGUUCUUUUUACAUUAUUUACAGUGUGUAGCUGAUAAAGGUAAAAUAGAUGAUUCUUCUUUUGAUUCAUAACUCACUGUUAAUAAUAUACUUUGAAAAGUGCAACCUAACUUGACUAAUGAAAAUGUGUUUCCUACUAUAUAUUCAAAUGAAACCCAUCUUUCAGCAUGUUAAAUAGAUAACAAUAAAGGAACUCUAUGUGGUUUCUAAACGUCUGAAAUUAGAUUUAACUUCUUUUUGUGCAAUAAAAUUACCGCUAUGUACGUGUGAUAUAAUAUCAUAAGGUGUGUUUCAGUCAGACAGCACAGUAUCUACUCAUAUGGAAAAGGCCCUGACCUCUAAGUUUCUGUCCGAGUGGGUCUCAUGCACUGGGGAACGAGGAAUUCCCAGUGUGUGUGAGAGAAAGAGAGAGAGAGAGAGUGAGAGAUGCAAGUCCCACACUGAAGGGAAAAUACAUGACUAAUUCAAAUCUGCCUGUGAAACUGAAUAGAUAAUCACUAGUGGAAUGCUGGAAGGCACUGUUAGAUAGCAUCUCUCUUCUCCGCAGCAGAACGGGCCAGCAAGUGCGCGUGGUUGUGUCUGUGUGUGUGCCUGCGUGCUUGUGUCUGUAUGUUGGUGGUGGCGUGGAGCAGGGGAAUGCAGGGUUGAGGGAGUGGGGGUGGGCGUAGCAUGGGACCUGAGGUUAUCAUGGCCUGGGAACCAUAUCUUUUUGCUGUGCCAGACCUGGGAAUUAUCUUCCAAAACAAUCUCACUGGGAGCCAUCUCUACAGACACCAGCAGCCAACUCACCCAUUUCUCAACUUUCUUUACUGAAACAAAACAUAAAUUACACAACAUACAAAGCAAGUCUAAGGUCUUUUUUUUCUCCAAUAGGUUAUAAGGCCUAUAAGAAGGCAAACAAAUGACAUAGAACGAUAUAUAACUCUUUCAUAUCACGUUGUAGUGAAUAGUGAAGAUAUAUAAUGAUAUAUCACAUUGCACAAAGUUGUCAUACUGUAUAUGUACUGUCCAUCAGGUGAUAUAAGUCAACACAAAAUGUACUUCUGAGGUCAAAAUAUGAUCACAAACCAUGGACAUGUGUCACUUACAUUCCAACUGUAAAAAAGAAUAUACCUUCAUGAUGUGUGUAAAGCAGUAGAUCUUCUCUAACACCUCUGUUGAAGUAGCAUAUGGCAGGAUCUCGCCCACAGCAGCUUCGGGGACAUUGUUGAUUAAACAAAUCAAUCUGAUCAGGCCCACAGUCCUCUGUAAAUCACUUAAACUGUGCCGAGCUAACUGCCAGAACAUGGAUCAGAUCUGGGAAAACAACGGGAGAGGAGUGCCAAGAUUUGAAGCUGCAGUCUUAAGAGAUGCAUGAAUCUGUCAGAGGACACCUGCAUGCUACAGAUUAAAUUCACCUUUUUGCCUCCCUAUGGUGUUGGCUCACACUUCUGCAGUGUACUCUCUUUCAGUGCUGACUCACAACCGACUGCUAUGGUUGUCCUGUUCAUUUUUAAUUUCUGCCAUCUUUUUGACCGUUUCCCCUUGUGCUGGUUAAGGGAUCUUUCUAAUUUCUCACACUGUGGCAUGUUUGCAUCAAAAUGCACUCCUCAAACUGAAAAUGUGCUGUGCUUUUUUUUUCCUUUUUUUUUCACAAUGUGAGCAAUGCAAAAUAAUUAAGUCAACUGAGGGAGUUUUUUUUCUUCUUUGACAGCUGACGUGAAAAAAGAGAUAUUAUUUUAGACCUUGGCCAAAUGUUUCAACUUCACUUUUUAGCUCUCAGCGGAUCUCCGAAGGUAGGCUGUUCUCUUUCCAAACACCCAGUGAGCUGCCAGCACAGUGCUACAGGGGUGGUCUCUGGGGAGAGUGGGGGAGGGGCUCUGACACAAGGCAGGUGGACCGCGGCCUGCCUAUCUCCUGCUCCCAGCUGUUUCAUCUGAGCGGCGAACUCUCUCGUCAAACGCAACCCACAGCCCUUCGGCGUGAUCGGUUAUGAAUACCCUGUCAAAAGUGGUUGGUGAAAGGAUGUAAAUAUUCUAUUGAUGUUCCGACUACUGAUUUGUUCCCUGACCCAUCGUAUCAUGACCAAUGGCAGGUUUCCAAAAGAAUGAAGCUCUUCCUCUGAGAGCCGCUGACUCACAGAGGCUGAGCAGGUGGGUAGAGCGAUAGAGAGGACAAGAGAGGGAUGCGGAGAGUGAGGGAAACACUGCGAACGUCAGAUGUGGUGAAGAGAGGGCUACUAUAUGUGAACAGCUAGAGAGAGGAACACUUGAGCGCUGAGAGUGAGGAAGGAGAUCCAGACAUCAGUAGAGCAGAGAUGGGCCUGGCUGGUCUGUGAUCAGCGGCAGAAUGGAUCUAACUCAGAGGUGACGCCGACGGUCGAGCUUCAUGGGUCCUUCAGACGCCACACCCAGUGGCUGAGGCCUGUCAUUAUUAUCUCACAUUCAGAAGAAUGCAACACGCAAUCUCACAUAGCAGCACAGCAAGAUCUCAGCUUUUUUUUCUCUCCAACACAAUCAUACAACUAGGAAUGCCCUGGCUUGGCCUUGUGUUUCUCUCCAGGUGAUGGAUUAAAAAUGAAAUAAUAUAACAAUCUAAAUAACUCCAGGACAUUCAGAUGGCGUGAUGAUGCAGAAUCCGAGGGAAAGAGUUCAUGAUGGUUGACUCAGCUGGAGAGGCGUGAUAACUAAGAACGUUACUAACAUAUAUGAAUUGUAAAGUUUUAUUUUUUUUUCUCAAUUUUUUUUUUUAAAUCCAAGUCUUCAGUCCUCUUGCUGCUUCCAAUCUAUAUUAACAAUGGUCCUUAAUUUCAAAAGUCUCAUGUGUAUGUUUUUUCGUAUUUUUCUUCAUCAUGGGGACAUGAUCAUCCAGUGUUUAGUGCUUCUAAGAAAAAUAGCUGGUCCUUCAGAAGAGUCUGUGUAUCUCUAUUUCUUAAAUGGAGCUAAUCUACUAAAAUUCUGCCAGAAAGGAGCCUGGCCUCUUUUGGAUUGACUGAA